GCCUCAUAAAUGGGUAAAAAUGCUGUAACCGAUGUUACACGAACUCCAAUAUUUUAUUUUCACCUACUGCUGAGUUAAGCUCCCUGUCUGAAUUUCACCCUCCGGCAAAUUCUCCGAUCAGUUUCACCGCAGCUAAAGGAUUGUUCGCUAUUUCUUUACCCUUGAGUAUCAUUUAUUCAAUUUUACCUGCAAAAGGCUCAAGGAAAGCACAGUUUUAUGCUUUUGUUGUGGCACAUAAGAGACAAUUGUCUAACUUUGCUCCCUCCAGUUUCACAUUAAAAUGUGUGAGUUACCAGAAUAUUCAGAUAGUGAAAAUUCUUCGAAGCCCGAAGGUGUGAGUGGAAUCAUGCCUAAAGUUGAAGAUCCAUAUUGUGAAUUUCCAUCUCUAUACACAUAUACAAGGCCUACAGGGGACAAUAUUGCAAGCUCAUCAGGCAGCAGUGUGAGAUCAUCUCUUCUGGCUAUGGGUUUCAAUGCAUCACUUGUUGACAAAGCAAUUGAGGAAAAUGGUGAAGACAACAUUGACUUGUUACUGGAGACUCUUGUUGCAAAUUCUGAUCCUCCUAGAGCAGAAUCGUCAGAUUCUCUGGAUAGCUUGUUUGGUGAUGAUGAGGACACAAACAGUUCUGCCAAGUAUGAUGGAGAUGUACAUAUAAAAGAGGAGCCUGAUCCUUGUGGUGGAGUUCAUGAUGACAAGAGAGCAUCUUUAUUAGCAAUGAGUUUCUCUUUGGACGAAGUCGAAUUUGCAAUCGGUAAACUUGGUGAAGCUGCUCCUGUCAACGAACUAGUUAAUCUAAUCUUUGCUGCUCGAAUCGCUCAAAAUUGUAAAAAAGAUGACGGUGAUGAUUCUGUUGUUGAGAUUAAAGAAUGGAUCAAGGAAUGCAGCACCGAGGCUAUGUUUAAGAUCAUGGAGAAGACGUUAAAAUUGCUUGAAAUGGGUUUCUCUGAGAAUGAAGUUUCUGCAGUUAUUGAGAAGUAUGGUUCUGAAGUUCCUCUUGAAGAGCUUGCAAAUUCAAUUAUAGAUCCUAGUAGUGGAAGAAUGGACAAGCAUCUCUUAAACUCUCUCAGCAGGAAUGGUUCAAUUGGAUUUCAUCCACUAGCUGUUAAGAAAGAGGAAUGUGAUGUGGAUACCUCUGAAUCUAGAGACCUUAACCUACUGGAAAAGCUUAAAGGGAAACGGCCAAAGGAGAACUAUAUUGAUGAGAUAAACACUUUAAAAAGACCGAAACCAGAGUAUGAUGAGGCCUUUGGCAGUUCUCUUGGCCCUGCAUGGCAAGAAAUGACCAGUAGAAACUUAGGGCCAUUCAAUACCACGAGGACUCCAGUUUCUCGAAGAGCAAUUCACCAAAGAUCAAGAGUGCUGGAUUGCCAAGAGACACCGAAAUUGUCUAUGCCCAAAUCAUGCAGGACCCUUGAUAAGGAGGUGGCUAAAGCUCCCUAUUUCUUUUAUGGGAAUGUAAUGAACUUAUCUCAUGACUCUUGGGUAAGAAUCUCUCAGUUUUUGCAUGCCAUUGAGCCAGAAUUUGUUAAUACUCAACUUUUCUCAGCUCUGAGUCGUAAAGAAGGUUAUGUACAUAAUCUUCCUACUGAAAAUCGAUUUCACAUUGUUCCAAAACCACCAUUGACGAUUCAAGAAGUGGUUCCUAAUAGCAAAAAAUGGUGGCCACCAUGGGAUACUAGGCAACACUUGAGCUGCAUCAAUUCUGAGACAUCUUGUGUAUCUCAGCUAUGUGAUAGACUUGAAAGAACAGUUAGUGAUUCCCAGGGGUUUCCCGCGAUUGACAGACAAAGAGAUAUCCUCCACCAUUGCCAGAUAUUGAAUCUAGUCUGGGUUGGCCGCUACAAAUUGGCUCCUGUAGCGCCAGAACAAAUAGAACGCAUUCUUGGCUACCCAGAAAGUCAUACUCGAAAUGCUGGGUUUAGCCUGAUGGAAAGACUUCUAUCGCUGAAACAUUGCUUCCAGAUAGAUACAUUGGCUUAUCAUCUGUCUGUAUUGAAGUCUCUGUACCCUGGAGGAUUGACAGUUUUGUCGAUCUUUACUGGAACUGGUGGAGCUGAAAUUGCAUUGCAUCGCCUUGGAAUUCGCUUAAAAGUAGUUGUCUCCGUAGAGGCUUCUGAGAAAAACCGGAGAAUUCUCAAGCAAUGGUGGAGUAGUUCGGGACAAACAGGAGAACUUGUGCAGAUUGAAGACAUUCAGAAGCUGACCAGUAACAAGGUAGAGGUCUUGAUAAAGAAGUUUGGUGGUUUUGAUUUCAUCGUAUGUCAGAGUCCUUGCACAUACUCUUCUAAAGGUAAUUUAUUUGCAGAUACUGAUAGUCAUGCAAGUUUAGAUUUCAUGUUGUUUCACGAGUUUGUGCGUGUCCUACAACGUGUAAGAAAUGCAAUGGGACGGAAGUAGUGAGUUCCUUAGCUUUAUUCUGUAGGAACAUAUGGACUGAGCUUAAUAGUAUGUUGUCCUAGUUUAUGACUUCGAAGUUCUAAUAUAUGAAAGCUUAAAUGGAGAACGGUGACUAUUACAUUACUUAGUUUUCAGAUUAUCUAUUUUAGUA